GUGACCUGGCUGCAUGGCUUCUCUUCUGCUUGUUGUCUGAUCCACGGAGCACUGGGGCUGCCCAGGAUGGUGUGAGAGAGAGCCAUCAGCAGUGGGUGGGAUGGAGAAUGAACAAGCACUCCUGUCCCUUUGCCUCUUCCCUGUUAAAGGCUCAUUCUAAAGCCAGACCGCUGAGGAUUGCUCUGCCCUAGCUUGGGAGGCUGUUCACCAGGAGGUGCAUCGGGGUGACUAUCUCGAGUCACCAAGAUGACGCUCCAUGCCACCCGAGCAGCUGCGCUCCUCUCUUGGGUGAACAGUCUGCAUGUGGCUGACCCCGUGGAGGCUGUGCCACAACUCCAGGACUGCAGAGUCUUCAUCAAGAUCAUCGAUAGCAUCCAUGGCACUGAGGAGGGGCAGCAAAUCUCGCAGCGGCCACUGUCGGAAAGACUGGACUUUGUGUGCAGUUUUCUGCAGAAAAACCGAAAACAUCCCUCUUCUCCAGAAUGCCUGGUGUCUGUGCAGAAGGCAAUGGAGGGGUCAGAGCUGGAACUGGCCAAGAUGACCAUGCUGCUCCUGUACCAUUCUACCAUGAGCUCCAAAAGCCCCAGGGACUGGGAGCAAUUUGAGUAUAAGAUUCAGGCUGAAUUGGCGGCCAUUCUUAAAUUUGUGCUGGACCACGAGGAUGGGCUAAACCUUAACGAGGACCUGGAGAACUUCUUACAGAAAUCUCCUGUCCCUUCUACCUGCUCCAGCACCUUCUCUGAAGAGCAGUCCCCACCCAGCCACCAGACCAAAAGGGAGGUUCACUUCCUGGAGCUACAGAAGGUUGCCUCCUCCUCCAGUGGGAACAACUUCCUCUCCAGCUCUCCAGCCUCCCCAAUGGGUGACAUCCUGCAGACCCCACAGUUCCAGGUGAGACGGCUGAAGAAGCAGCUUGCGGAUGAGAGGAACAACAGGGACGAGCUGGAGCUGGAGUUGGCGGAGCACCGCAAGCUCCUCACUGAGAAGGACGCACAGAUAGCCAUGAUGCAGCAGCGCGUCGACCGCCUGGCUCUGCUGAGCGAGAAGCAGGCCGCCAGCCCACUGGAGCCCAGGGAGCUGGAGGAGCUGCGUGGCAAGAACGAGAGCCUUACCAUGCGGUUACAUGAAACUCUGAAGCAGUGCCAGGAUCUGAAGACAGAGAAGAGCCAGAUGGACCGCAAGAUCAGCCAGCUCUCGGAGGAGAAUGGGGACCUUUCCUUUAAGCUGCGGGAGUUUGCCAGUCACCUGCAGCAGCUGCAGGGUGCCCUCAACGAACUGAUGGAGGAACACAGCAAGGCCACCCGCGAGUGGGGUGAGAAGCAGAGCCACCUCGAGAAGGAGCUGGGCACGGCCUUGCAGGACAAGAAAUGCCUUGAAGAGAAGAAUGAAAUCCUUCAGGGAAAACUUUCACAGAUGGAGGAACGCCUGACCCAGCUGCAGGAGAACCCACCCCAGGAGAAGGGCGAGGUGCUGGGUGAUAUCUUGCAGCUCGAAACCCUGAAGCAAGAGGCAGCCACUCUUGCGGCAAACAACACCAAGCUCCAAACCAGGGUGGAGGCGCUGGAGGCUGAGCAGGGCCAGCAGGAGGCCAAGCUACUUGCCGAGCGGGGUCGCUUUGAGGAAGAGAAGCAGCAGCUGGCCAGCCUUAUUGCUGACCUGCAGAGCUCCGUCUCCAGCCUCAGCCAGGCCAAGGAGGAGCUGGAGCAGUCCUCCCAGGCUCAGGCAACCCAGUUGACUGCCCAGGUGGCCUCUCUGACCUCUGAGCUCUCCACACUCAAUGACACCCUUCAGCAGCAGAACCAAGAACUGGCUGGCCUGAAGCAACAGGCCAAGCAGGAGCAGGCUCAGCUCACAGAAUCCCUGCAACAUCAGGAGCAGGCUGCGCAAGACCUCCGCCAGCAGGUGGAGCAGCUGAGCAGCAGCCUGAAGCAGAAGGAGCAGCUGCUGCAGGAGGCAGCCCAGAAGCAGGAGGCCGUCUGGCGGGACCACGCUCAGCAACUGGCCACUGCCACUGAGGAACGAGAGGCCUCCCGGAAGGAGCGGGAUGGGGCUCUCCAGCAGCUGGCAGCCUUGGAGAAAGAGAAGGCUGCUAGGCUGGAGGUUCUGCAGCAGCAGCUUCAGGCUGCUAAUGAAGCUCGGGACACUGCCCAGACCACUGUGACCCAGAUCCAGCGGGAGAAAGCAGAGCUGAGCCACAAGGUAGAGGAACUCCGUGCCCACCUCCAGGCAAUCCAGCAGGAGCAGUGUGAUGCCCAGGCCCAGGCAGCAGAACUGGAGGCCCAGCUGAGGUCUGAGCAGCAGAAAGUAGCUGAGCGAGAAAGGAUGGCCCAAGAGAAGGGCCAGCUCCAGGAGCAGGUCCGGGCCCUGGAGGAGUCCCUGAAAGCUGCCAGGGGCAGCCUUGAAGAAGAGAAGCGCAGUAUUGCAGGGAGCCUGGAAGAGCAGCAACGUCGUAUCCGCGAGCUAGAAGCGGAAACCCGAGGCCUGGCAGAGAAGCAUAAGCAGGAGCGGAAGGAGCUGGAAGAAGAGAAGGCUGCACACAAGAGGCUGGAGGCCCAGCUACAGCGUCUCAGGGAGGCCCACCAGGCCGAGAACGAAGCCCUGCGGCGUGAACUGGCCGAGGCCAGAGCCUCCCAGUGCAGGGCUGAGAGCGAAUGUGAGCAGCUAGGCAAGGAGGCAGCCACCUGGCGCAAGCGCUGUGAGGACAGCCAGCGAGAGGAGGCGCAUUACGAUGCCAUGUUCCAGGGACAACUGAUAGCCCUAAAGGAAGAACGUGACAAGGCCCGCCAGGAGCUGCAGGAGGCAAAGGAGAAGAUGGCAGGGAUAGAGGCCCACAGUGAGGUCCAGAUAGGCCGGCAGCAGACUGAGCUUGCUCAGCUUCAUGCCAGCCUGGCCAGAGCCCUCCAGCAGGUCCAGGAGAAGGAGGUCAGGGCCCAGAAGCUUGCAGAUGACCUAUCCACUCUACAGGAGAAGAUGGCUGCCACCAGCAAGGAGGUGGCCCGCCUGGAGGCCUUAGUGCGCAAGGCAGGUGAGCAACAGGACCCAGCCUCCCGAGAGCCCCUCAAGGAACCCACAAGGGCAGCAGACAGAGAAGCUGAAUGGCUGGAGGAGCAGCAGGGCCGCCCAUUCUGCAGCACGCAGGCGGCGCUACAGGCCAUGGAGCGUGAGGCAGAGCAGAUGGGUAACGAGCUGGAGAGGCUGCGGGCUGCGCUGAUGGAGAGCCAGGGGCAGCAGCAGGAGGAGCGCGGGCAGCAGGAAAGGGAGGUGGCACGGCUGACCCAGGAACGGGGCCGAGCCCAAGCUGACCUCGCCCUGGAGAAGGCAGCCAAGGCAGAGCUUGAGAUGCGACUGCAGAACGCCCUCAACGAGCAGCGUGUGGAGUUUGCAACCCUGCAGGAGGCUCUGGCCCAUGCCCUAUCAGAAAAAGAGAGCAAGGACCAAGAGCUGGCCAAGCUCCGCAGUCAGGAGGCGGCCCAGAGAGCACAGCUGGAGAAGAUGGAGCGCACCACAGAGCAACUGAAGGAGCAGCUGGCCAUGAAAGAAAAGGAGCACCAUCAGGCUGGCAGGCUCCCUGGUGGAGAGGGGGUUUCUGGCUCCAAAGCCUCAGCAGAGGCCCCUGGGAAGACAGGGCCGGCAGACCCAAAGCUGGAGGUGCUACAGGCAGAGGUGCGCAAGCUGGAGCAGCGAGCCUGCAGCCUGGAGCGCAGCCUCGAGGCUGAGCGGGCCUCCCGGGUGGAGCAAAACCAGGCCCUGGAGACUCUGCGGGGCCAGUUGGAGGAGAAGGCUCAGGAACUGGGGCACAGUCAGGGUACCCUAGCCUCGGCCCAGAGGGAGUUGGCCACUCUCCGUGCCAAGACCCAAGACCAUGGCAAGGCCGAGGAGGAGUGGAAGGCACAAGUGGCCCGGGGCCAGCAGGAAGCCGAGAGGAAAAACAGCCUCAUCUCCAGCUUAGAGGAGGAGGUAUCUAUCCUGAACCGCCAGGUUCUGGAGAAGGAAGGGGAGAGCAAGGAGCUGAAGCGCCUGGUGAUCGCCGAGUCCGAGAAGAGCCAGAAGCUGGAGGAGAGGCUGCGCCUGCUCCAGGCAGAGACAGCCAGCAGCAGCGCCAGGGCUGCAGAACGCAGCUCAGCUCUACGGGAAGAGGUGCAGAGCCUCCGGGAGGAGGCUGAGAAACAGCGGGUGGCCUCUGAGACCCUGAGGCAGGAGCUGGCCUCCCAGGCUGAGCGAGCUGAGGAGCUGGGCCAAGAACUGAAGGCAUGGCAGGAGAAAUUCUUCCAGAAGGAGCAGGCACUCUCUGCCCUGCAGCUAGAGCACACCAGCACGCAGGCUCUGGUGAGUGAGCUCCUGCCCGCCAAGCACCUCUGUCAGCAGCUGCAGGCCGAGCAGGCAGCUGCCGAGAAACGCCACCGCGAGGAGCUGGAGCAGAGCAAGCAGGCGGCCUCCGGGCUGCGGGCCGAGCUGAUGCGGGCCCAGCGGGAGCUUGGCGAGCUUGUGCCACUGCGGCAGAAGGUGGCAGAGCAGGAGCGCAUGGCCCAGCAGCUGCGGGCAGAGAAAGCCAGCUGUGCGGAGCAGCUGAGCAAACUAAAGAAGGCGCACGGCCUGCUGGCGGAGGAGAACCGCGGGCUGGGUGAGCGGGCCAACCUCGGCCGACAGUUUCUGGAAGUGGAGCUGGACCAGGCCCGGGAGAAGUAUGUGCAGGAGUUGGCGGCUGUGCGUACAGAUGCUGAGGCCCGGCUGGCCGAGAUGCAGCGGGAAGCACAGAGCACUGCCCGGGAGCUGGAGGUGAUGACUGCCAAGUACGAGGGUGCCAAGGUCAAGGUGCUGGAGGAGAGGCAGCGGUUCCAGGAGGAGAGGCAGAAACUCACUGCCCAGGUGGAGCAGCUAGAGGUAUUUCAGAGAGAGCAGACUAAGCAGGUGGACGAGCUAAGUAAGAAGCUGGCUGACUGUGACCAAGCCAGCAAGGUGCAGCAGCAGAAGCUGAAGGCUUUCCAGGCCCAGGGAGGUGAGAGCCAGCAGGAGGCCCAGCGCCUGCAGGCGCAGCUGAACGAGCUGCAGGCUCAGCUGAGCCAGAAGGAGCAGGCAGCUGAGCACUACAAACUGCAGAUGGAGAAAGCCAAGACCCAUUAUGAUGCCAAGAAGCAGCAGAACCAGGAGCUGCAGGAGCAGCUGCGUGGCCUGGAGCAGCUGCAGAAGGAGAACAAGGAGCUGCGGACCGAGGCUGAGCGGCUGGGCCGGGAGCUGCAACAGGCGGGGCUGAAAACCAAGGAGGCCGAGCAGACGUGCCGCCAGCUCACUGCCCAGGUGCGCAGCCUGGAGGCGCAGGUGGCCCAUGCAGACCAGCAGCUUCGAGACCUGGGCAAAUUCCAGGUGGCAACUGACGCCUUAAAGAGCCGUGAGCCCCAGGCUAAGCCCCAGCUGGACUUGAGCAUCGACAGCCUGGAUCUGAGCUGCGAGGAGGGGACCCCACUCAGUAUCACCAGCAAGCUGCCUCGUACCCAGCCGGAUGGCACCAGUGUCCCUGGAGAGCCUGCCUCUCCCAUCUCCCAGCGCCUGCCUCCCAAAGUAGAAUCCUUGGAGAGUCUCUACUUCACCCCCAUCCCUGCCCGGGGUCAAGCCCCCCUGGAGAGCAGCCUGGACUCCUUGGGGAAUGUCUUCCUGGACUCUGGCCGGAAGACCCGCUCCGCUCGCCGGCGCACCACCCAGAUCAUCAACAUCACCAUGACCAAGAAGCUGGAUGUGGAGGAGCCAGACAGCGCCAACACCUCCUUCUACAGCACGCAGUCCGCCCCUGCCUCCCAGGCUGGCCUACGCACCGCCACCUCCACCCAGUCUCUAGGCCGCCUGGGCUCUCCCGAUGACGGCAACUCGGCUCUGCUCAGUCUGCCUGGCUACCGGCCCACCACUCGCAGCUCUGCUCGCCGCUCCCAGGCUGGGGUGUCCAGCGGGGCCCCCCCAGGCAGGAGCAGCUUCUACAUGGGCACCUGCCAGGAUGAGCCUGACCAGCUGGACGACUGGAACCGCAUUGCAGAGCUGCAGCAGCGCAAUCGGGUGUGCCCCCCGCAUCUGAAGACCUGCUAUCCCCUGGAGUCCAGGCCUUCCCUCAGCCUGGCCACCAUUACAGACGAGGAGAUGAAAACCGGGGACCCCCGGGAGACCCUGCGCCGAGCCAGCAUGCAGCCAGCCCAGAUAGCCGAGGGUGCAGGCAUCACCACCCGGCAACAGCGCAAACGUGUUUCCCUAGAGUCCCACCAGGGCCCCGGCACCCCAGAGUCUAAGAAGGCCACCAGCUGUUUCCCACGCCCCAUGAGCCCCCGUGACCGACACGAAGGGCGCAGGCAGAGCACUGCUGAGGCCCAGAAGAAAGGAGCUCCAGCUGGCAAACAGGCUGACCGGCGCCAGUCCAUGGCCUUCAGCAUCCUCAAUACGCCCAAGAAGCUGGGGAACAGCCUUCUGCGGAGGGGGGCUUCAAAGAAGGUCCCGGCCAAGGCCUCCCCCAGCACCCGCAGCGGAACACGCCGCUCGCCGCGCAUUGCCACCACCACAGCCAGCGCUGCCACUGCUGCCGCUGCCACCCCUCGGGCCAAGGGCAAGGCAAAGCACUAAAGGGCCAGUACCAGUGAGCGGCCCCACCUGAGUCCCCAAGACUGACCUCGCUCACCUGGUCCUUCUGUCCCUCUCAGUGCCUUCUCAGCUCCCAGGCCAAGGUGGCCAGACCCCUAGACAGUGACACCUGCCACACCCUGGCCUGCUACCUGGCCCCUCACUGGCACUUCCUCAGAGCUGGCCCAGGAGGCCUGGAGCUUGGACGGUGUGGGCUCUCCCUGCGUUGCAUCCUGAUUUCUUCUUAGAGCAAACUCACUUCGUCACAACCAGAUUCGAGGCUGGCUCUGAGUGGCUGGGUCCUUGGGUCCAGCUAUUCUUCCUCAGCCUUUGGAUCUAGAAGGGACCAUUGGAGGAGCAGGUCCUAGUUCCUGCUGCUCCUAGUGGCUGGGCCUAGCAAGGACCCUGGCUCUUGACGUUCAGGCCUGUCCAAGACCUGAGGGCACUUGCCCUAGGGGCUCUCAUCCUCCCAGGGGCCCAACCACCCAGAGGAUCUUCUCCAGGACAGCUGGGCCCUAUGUCUUGGGCUGGGGGUGGGGAUAGGGUGCCUUCAGCAGCAGCUUAUCCCCUUUGUCCCUAGACUUGCACUGGGGAUGGGGGAUUUGGAGUGAGGGGAAGGUUUUUAAGGGCCGGGGAUGGAUCUUUUCUAAAUGUUAUUACUUGUAAAUAAAGUCUAUUUUUCUCCCUUGA